CUGGUUUUCAUCUUCUUUUUGUCAUCAGUGAGCAAAGACACAUGUACACCUACCUUAGAAAACCUGUAUUCAAAAACAAAAAAAAAAAAAAAAAAGAAAAGAAAAAAACCUUGGAAAACCAGAAAAUAUAAACCAAGACACCUUGUUUGCAGCCUUUUUGAUGCAAAGCUCCAAAACAGGAUAACCUUCUCUGGUUUUCCUUGUGUAUCAAAUCAGCUAAGAUAAUGAAGAAGGCUAGCUCUUCAGGGGUCUUUAUUUGUAGUAUAAAUAUACUGCACAAACAAACCCUUCAUCACAACAACAAGAAAAAUCUGCAAAUUAACUAUUUUACAAGAGAAGAGUUCUUAGAGAGGAUUCAAGAUGUCAAGCACUCAAGGUCAAGUGAUACGCUGCAAAGCUGCGGUGGCUUGGGAACCAGGGAAGCCACUAGUAAUUGAAGAAGUGGAAGUAGCACCGCCACAGGCGAUGGAGGUUCGCCUAAAGAUAUUGUUUACCUCACUCUGCCAUACUGAUGUCUACUUUUGGGAAGCUAAGGGCCAGACCCCCAUUUUUCCCAGAAUAUUUGGUCAUGAGGCUGCAGGGAUUGUGGAGAGUGUAGGGGAAGGUGUGACAGACCUGAAACCUGGUGAUCAUGUGCUUCCUGUUUUCACAGGAGAGUGCAAGGAAUGCCGUCAUUGUAAAUCCGAGGAGAGCAACAUGUGUGACCUCCUUAGGAUCAACACUGACAGAGGAGUGAUGCUCAACGAUGGAAAGUCACGAUUCUCAAUCAAUGGAAAGCCGAUUUAUCAUUUUGUUGGAACUUCGACAUUCAGUGAAUACACAGUGGUACAUGUGGGAUGUGUUGCAAAGAUAGAUCCUGAAGCUCCACUUGAUAAAGUCUGUGUCCUCAGCUGUGGUAUCUCAACAGGUCUUGGUGCAACAUUAAAUGUUGCUAAGCCACCUAAGGGUUCAAGUGUUGCGAUUUUCGGGCUAGGAGCUGUUGGCUUGGCUGCUGCUGAAGGGGCUCGAAUUGCUGGUGCUUCAAGGAUCAUAGGGGUAGAUUUAAACUCAAACAGAUUUGAGGAAGCAAAGAACUUUGGAGUAACUGAGUUUGUGAACCCCAAGGACUACAACAAGCCAGUUCAAGAGGUAAGUGUUAUUUUGGCUUCAAUGUCUCUGAAAAAAGAAUGUUAACUAACCAUCUCAUAAUAUUAAUUCUUCCUUCAGGUCAUCGCUGAAAUGACAAAUGGUGGGGUUGAUCGAAGUGUGGAGUGCACUGGAAGUAUCAACGCGAUGAUUUCUGCAUUCGAAUGUGUUCAUGAUGUAAAUUCUUUAGUUCCUCUCUAACCUAUCUCCCUGAUUUCACAUUACAAAAAGCGAAAGAUAACUAACAAUCAUAGUUUCUGGCUAUUUCAUUGCAGGGAUGGGGAGUUGCCGUGCUGGUAGGAGUACCAAACAAAGAUGAUGCAUUCAAAACUCAUCCAAUUAAUGUCCUCAAUGAGAAGACACUCAAGGGUACCUUUUUCGGAAAUUAUAAACCACGAUCUGACCUGCCUUCUGUUGUCGAAAAAUACAUGAAAAAGGUUAGCACAUGAUUUGAGGAAUGUGGUUAUUUGAUUUUCAACCAACAGCAAGCUAUAAUAUUUGUAUCUUCCUUUCCAUUGUUCUUUGGAGAUGACUAAAAACUUGCAGCAGUAAACAGCUAGUAUUUCAUGCUCUCUGGGAGUGCAAACUUUCACAUCCAUCCAUGCACAAACUUGUAAUUAUUGACAAAUCUAUUUCGCUGAAAAAUUGUUGAGCUGGAGAAGUUUAUAACCCACGAAGUCCCCUUUUCAGAGAUCAACAAGGCAUUUGAAUACAUGCUAAAAGGGGAGGGCCUUCGAUGCAUUAUUCGCAUGUAAGCAUUGUGCAAUUUCCCAUAUGGUGUGAUCCAAGUGGUCUGCUGAGCUUGAUGUUAUGAUCAACAGUGUGCUAAGUGUGCCUGUGAACUAUAUGAUUUCAGUCUUUUUUCUUUCCUUUUUUUUUUUCCAAUUUUUUCCCUGUAAUGAUGUUGCAGUACUUGUACAACAAUAAUAACUGCGUAAUUUCUUUGUGAAUUAAGAUUGUCCUUUGGAAUCCUUUUGUAUUGAUUUGUGCUAUCUCACUGAAUUUCCAGACUAAAUUUUUGCUCC